AUGAACAGUACGCAUCACGCUUUCUCGUCUCAUGCCAACUCCACCAACUCGUCUCGACCGGGACUCGUCCUGCCCAAAGUGUCCUACAGCAUGGCGGUGACCUGGGUCAGCCUGACCAUGACCAUGACCUUUGCUGGCACGGUCACCAUCAUCCUCCUUCUCACCGCCACCAUCCGCUACCGCAGUCUGCGCGCCGGAGCGGGGCGCCUGAUCGCGCAUCUCCUGUGCAUCGACUUCUUCAUCUGCGGCAUUACCACACCCGGUUACAUGCUUAUCAUUUUUUUGGACCUGGUGGGCAUCCCGUACACCAUUAACUGUACCGCCUGGGUGACGAUUCGUAUGCUCAGCAUCAACGUGCAGUACUGGGCGUCCAUGGUGUUAGCCGUCAAUCGUUUGGUGGCCAUCGCUCUGCCUCAUCACUAUAAAGUGUGGACGCGACGGUCGGUGAUGCUGGCGAUGAUGGGCAUGUGCUGGGUGAUCGCCAUUGCCAUCAAUUUGCCACCGCUAUUUGGCCACGCGUAUUCACUGGGAAAAUAUCCACCGCUGAUGAGCUGUACAAUGAAACCGCUGGAUGAUAUGCUGUUUCCCAUAAUUUCGAGUAUUGGCUCACAUAUUCCGAUCGCCACAUUGUCUGUCGUAUAUAUUUUUAUCGCACUCUACACAAUCAGAUUGAAGAAUGCGGUUAACUCGGGGAAACAGAUGGUGCGCCGGAUAAAGGUCGCACGGAUGCUGUUUGUGUCGUUUGCGUUUUAUUUCAUCUGCUUCCUGCCGAUGACUGUGUUGCCUCCCUUUUUUCCAAAGAUUAUUUUCACUAUGCCGGUUGUCAUGUUGUGGUUAAUCGCGUUGCAGAUACUGGGAUUUAGUUCGAGCCCGUUCAUUUUUCUGCUGAUGAACGAUGAGUACCGGAAAAGCCUACGGGCGCUUUUUGGAGGACAGUCGAUUCAUCCGCGAUGA